AUGCCUUUGAGGCCUGCAUUCAAAGGGUCUGCACCUAUCAACCUGUCUGAUAGAUUGCACCAAGUCCUUCGAUGGNCACUUGGAUCAGUUGAAAUUUUCCUAAGUAGACACUGCCCCCUCUGGUAUGGAUUUGCUGGAGGCCGUCUCAAAUGGCUGCAGAGAAUGGCUUAUAUAAACACCAUUGUGUACCCUUUUACAUCCCUUCCUCUUAUUGCUUAUUGCUGUUUGCCUGCCAUCUGUCUCCUCACAGGAAAAUUUAUCAUACCAACGCUCUCCAACGUUGCAAGUAUUCUCUUUCUUGGACUUUUCCUCUCAAUCAUAAUAACCAGUGUGCUUGAGCUGCGCUGGAGUGGUGUUAGUAUCGAAGAUUUGUGGCGUAAUGAGCAGUUCUGGGUGAUUGGAGGUGUUUCAGCCCAUCUAUUUGCUGUGUUCCAAGGAUUUCUAAAGAUGCUGGCUGGUGUUGACACCAACUUCACUGUCACUGCUAAGGCUGCAGAAGACGGUGAGUUUGGUGAACUUUACCUUGUGAAGUGGACUACUCUCUUGAUUCCUCCGACAACCCUUAUCAUUGUUAACAUGGUUGGUGUUGUUGCUGGAUUCUCUGACGCACUUAAUGGAGGGUACGAGUCUUGGGGACCCCUCUUUGGGAAAGUNUUCUUUGCAUUCUGGGUGAUUUUUCAUCUCUACCCNUUCCUCAAAGGUCUCAUGGGUCGCCAAAACCGCACGCCAACCAUUGUUGUUCUCUGGUCAGUGUUGUUGGCCUCUGUCUUCUCUCUUAUUUGGGUCAAGAUAAACCCAUUUGUUCACAAAGUUGACACUGAAGCCAUCUCCGAAACCUGCGUUGCCAUAGAUUGUUAA